AUGAUACGGCCAAAGAAAGGUCAACCAAAAGCUAGCCUUAGCCCCCAGAAAGCAACCACAGGAAUCACGCCACUGAAGAAACUGCUCGAAAAAAAAGACGAUGCACUGAAGACCGAGAUUGCUACUCGAGCAAAGAACGACUAUAACGGCCAAGAUCCAAAGCCAAUUCAAGUUGAGACGGUUGCAACUCUAGCGCGAGGGAAGAGUGCUUUUCUUCUAGCAGGCACUGGAUUUGGAAAGUCGAGGAUCGCCGAGAUGUAUUUCAAGACCUUGCCACCCAAAUCAAAGCCUGUGGUGCUGGUUCUAAACCCACUUGAUGCAUUGGGUGAUAAUCAAGUUGAAGAGAAGAAGGGAAAAUUUACUGCUAUAAACUUAACAAAGCUCACAUUCAACCCAUUUGUUGCCGAGCAAAUCAAGUCCGGUGUGUACAAUUUUGUGUACCUCAGUCCCGAGAUAUUUCUCAAUAGCAAGCUUUGGGAUUCGGUUUAUUUUAGCCCAGCGUUCCAAGAAAGACUUGGCCUUGUUGUUGUCGAUGAGGCCCAUAUGAUUUACAUAUGGGGCCUUGUUGAAAGCUCUAGCGGAAGAAACAAAUAUUCGAUUCUAGUACGACAUCAAGCGACCUCCUCGGAGGGACCUCCUUGUGUUAAGUUCGAGGUAUUACCUCCUCUUGCCCCUCGGCAGAACAAGAAGCACCACAUCAUCACGUCAGCUAGCAGGCAAUGA